AUUAAAUAUAAUAAUCAAAUAUCGAGAAGAAACAUACUAACUUUUAUUCUAAGUUUACAUCAAAGUUUACAUAACCAUUGAAAGUAAAAUCCACAAUGUAUUUUUGUACUAAAAUUGUCUUUAAAACGGUCGGAAGACGUUUUUUGUCAACUAACAAGUUUCGAAGUGUUACGCAUUGCAUUUUUGAUAUGGAUGGUCUACUCUUGGAUACAGAACUUGUCUACAAGAAAAUGGUCACUCAGCUGUGUGCGGCAUAUGGACAUGAAUACACUGAUGAUCUUAUGAUGAAGGUUUUAGGAGGAACUGAGCAGCGUUUGUCUGAGAUUCUGUGCAAGGAAUUAAAUCUACCAGUAUCUGCAGAACAAUUUAGAAAUCAAUUGCUGGAACUAGGUGAUACAAUGCUUGCUGGCCCUCCUCUGUUAGAUGGGGCAGAAAAAUUAAUAAGGCACCUGCACAAAAGUAAAGUUCCAUUUGCAUUAGCAACCUCCUCUAGUGAAAGAUCUGUGGUUACUAAAGUAGCUGCACAUAAAGAGUUGUUUAAGUUGUUUAACCAUAUGGUCAUGGGAAGUAGUGACCCAGAAGUAAAAUUUGGAAAGCCAAAUCCAGACAUAUUUCUAGUUGCUGCUGCGCGAUUUCCUGAUAAACCACACCCAUCCCAGUGCUUGGUCUUCGAGGACUCUCCACACGGCGUCACAGCGGGAAUUUCAGCUGGCAUGCAAGUGGUUAUGGUGCCCGAGCCCCAUUUAGAUAGAAAACUGACUGAACAUGCUACCAUAGUUCUUCCUACUUUGUCUAAAUUUCAACCAGAUCUAUUUGGAUUACCAGCUAUGCAGUAAAUAAUGAGACG